ACUACACUGUCAAAUUAAGAAUAAGAAGAAAAUGAUAAUUUUCCGCCAUUUUUGUGUUUAGCGUGCUCAAUUUUUAUUUUAUUAAUGAAAACUUUGCCGUAUUAUACUAAAAUGAAAUAGUGAUAGAUUGGAAUGUAUUGGUGUAUUCUUUAGUUUUUCCGAACAAAAUAUGGCGGUAGGAACAUCAAAAGUUAUACAAGUGACAAACAUAGCUCCCCAAGCCACCAAGGAUCAAAUGCAAAUACUGUUUGGUUAUUUGGGAAAAAUAGAAGAUAUUCGAUUAUAUCCUACAAUAAGAGAUGUUUCUUGUCCAGUUCAAUCUCGAAUUUGUUACAUCAAGUUCGUAGAUAGUAGUACAGUUGGAAUAGCUCAGCAUAUGACUAAUACUGUCUUCAUUGAUAGAGCUCUUAUAGUGAUUCCAAUUUCAAGCGGAGAUAUUCCUGAUGAGUAUUAUGCUCUGGAAAUGACAAAAAAUGCUACUAUAGUACCAGGUCUAACUCCAGCUGAUCCUCAAUUACCUGCACAUGUUGUAAACAGUACUCAUAAAUCUGGAGAUGAACAAGUUAUAAUAACAGUCGAUCCUAAUUUACAGGCAUUUGGAUUACCACCUUAUCCACCUUUACCUGCUACUUAUGAUACAGUGAAGAUAGAAGAAACACGAAGAACAGUUCUUAUGUUGAAUUAUAAUUCUUCCAUGAGUCAUGAUGAUAUUAUCAAUUUCUUUAGUCGUGCAGGUGAGGUGAAGUACUUAAGAUUAUGUAAAAGUGAAAAUGAAUCUGAUGAUAGUACCAAAGUGCUUGUUGAGUUUUCUGAUCAACCUAGUGUAAUUAAUGCUCUCAAACUUAAUGGAACAGAAUUAAAAGGUCAAGUAAUUAAAGUUGAACAUGCCACUCAACCAAUAAUAAAACCACAAGCAAAGAGUAAUGAAGCAGCCCAGAAAGAAAUUGAAGAAGCUAUGAGUAGAUUUAAAGAAGCACAGAAUAUGAUUAAUGCCUCAAUUGAACCAGUAAUUGGUAUGUUAACUAAAGAUAAAAGAAGCUCAAGAAGAUCUAGAUCCAGAUCAAGGAGUAGAAGAAAGAGGACUAGGUCCAGAUCUAGGAGGUCAAGGUCUAGAAGACGUAGAUCAUCUUCAAGAUCUAAAAGAUCGAGAUCAAGGGAUCAUAGAAAAAGAUCUCGAUCUAGGAGAAGACGCACAAGGUCUAGAUCUAGGAGAUCAAGAUCACGUAGUGUGAGAUCUAAAAGGUCCCGAUCUAGAUCAAGACGAAGAUCUCGUCACAGAUCUAAAGAAAGGGCGAAAUCAAGAGAUAGAGGUAGGGAUAGAUCUAGAGAUCGCAAAAGAAGCAGGGAUAGAGAGAGGGAUAAGGAAAAGGAUAGGGAAAGAGAUAAAAAGUCAAGAGAAAGAGAGUCUAUUGAGAAAGAAAAAACACCAAAAGAACUGAAGGAAAAGAAAAAUGAUACAGAAAGUAGUGUUGAAGAUAAGAGAAAGUCUAGAUCAAGGAGUAGAAGUAAAAGGAGGUCUAGGUCUAGAGAUCGUAGAACUAGAGAUCGUAAAAGGUCAAGAUCUAGAGGAAGCAGAAGACGAUCACCUUCUCCAAGAGGUAGUAGAAGAAGAAGCAGAAGCAGAAGUCGAGAUAGGGAAAGAAAGCGUGACAAAAAAACUGAUAAAAGGGAUAGGGAAAGAAGGGACAGGGAUAGAAGAUCAAGAUCUAGGGACAAAGAGAGAAAAUCUAGAUCAAGAUCCCAAUCUAGUAGGUCAACUGGGUCCCAUUCAAAAGUACCAAGGAAUUAUGAUGAAGAGGAAAAAGGCUUUGAUACAGAUAAAGAAAAGCCAAAGGACAAGGAAAUUGAUCAAUCUACUGAAAAAGGGUCUCCGGAGAAGUCUGAUAAUAUGGAUAUUUCAAAUUCGCCUUAACCAUUCAAUUGCGAAUGAUUGGUCAUCAUCUGAAUAUCUUUAUUUAAGGUUAUCAGCCACUUGGCGAUUAUCAUUAAUUUAUUAUUAAAAUUUUUCAGGAAAAAUGGGUUUUGCCCUAUGAUAACGCUAGCAGACUACAUGAUACAAAAAAAGCAUCUUAUUAACCCAACUCCAAAUUGUACGGAUGCUAAAAAUGCACCUACACAACGUUCUUUAUCUUCUGUUGGUACUAACAGAUGAUCAGUCCUAUCAAAAAAUUUUGACCAGUUUUAACCAUUUUUAGAUUUUUUGAUCUGCUCGAUUCACAAGGAUUUUAUUCUUUAGAUUCUCUAUUUAAGUUUCAAUUAUUGAAUUCUUAAACAAUAUAACUUUGGGAAACAUCAUGGAAUCUAUCUACGUCGUUUUCUUAAUUUUUUUUACUUAGUCCAUUACGUUUUCCUGCUGAAUCUGUUUGUUCUCUGAAUCAGCAAUACAAUAUAUUUUCAGAUUUCCCGUCAUUAUCAUGGAAAUUUGCUGGUCUCAUUUUGGUUCCAGCUAGAAGUUGUGGUUUGCUGAGAAUGUCGAAUAAACCAGAAAGAUCUUCGUUCUCAGAGUCCUCAUCUGUGAGGAUAUUCGAUUGGGUGGAUUAAAGAAACUUUAGUCAAAAAUAAAGGAAUCUCCCAUAGGUACAACAAAUUUAACGGUAUUUUCAUUUUUGUGUAACAUGAACUGCUAGCGUUACCAAUUGGUAACACUAGCAAAUGUCUCAUGAUUUUAGGAGUGCAAAUUGUAAGCUGUAAUCAGACAUUAGCUGUAUCAUUAGAAGCAUUAUUGAUUAUGAAUGAAAAUCGUUCCUAUCUCUCAAAUCAUAAUUGAAAUUAUUCAAAUCAGACUUACUCCUAUCUGAAAUCUAUUAUCCAAGACAUUUUACAUGAAAAAAAUGACAAACUUGAAACACUCAUUGAGGUUAAUUAGAAGAUGUGUUAUAAUAUACUAGCUGGUGCAUUUGGGACAAAUUGAACGUUUCCGUAUGGUCUUUAACUGUUGAUGGGUUAAUAUGUACCAUGUAAAUUUUAUUUUUUAACUUUAUUAAAUAUAUACAAUGCACAGUAAA